CGCCCGGACCGGCCUUUCAAGAUGGCUCCCGCGCCCCGCUCCCCCCUGGCGCUCUCGCUGAGGGCCGGGCAGCGGCGCAAGGCGCCAGCCUCGCGUUCCGACUCCUGCGCGGCCUAGAAGCCGGUAGCGGCCGGCCGCCGGCUUGCGCGCGCCGUCUCUCGGGGCGGGGCGGGACGCCGGGCCCCUUCCGGGGAUGGGCUCGGGCUCCUCCCCGCUCGGGCGGGCGCUCAGGCGUGUCCACGCCCGUCAGCCCGCCCGGCCCGGCUGGCCGCAGACCGAGCCCGGGCGGCCGCACGGGGAGCUCUCAGCCAGCGGGCGUCGGGAGGCGGAUCCCGGGCCCCGACCGGGACGGACCGAGCCGAGCAGGCAGCGGCACCAUGUUCUCGCUCAAGCCGCCCAGACCCACGUUCAGGUCCUACCUCCUGCCGCCGCCCCAGACUGACGAUAAGAUUAAUUCAGAACCGAAGAUUAAAAAACUGGAGCCCGUUCUUUUGCCAGGAGAAAUUGUCGUAAAUGAAGUCAAUUUUGUGAGAAAAUGCAUCGCAUCGGACACAAGUCAAUACGAUUUGUGGGGAAAACUGAUAUGCAGUAACUUCAGAAUUUCCUUUAUUACGGAUAAUCCAAUGCCAUUACAGAAAUUCCAUUAUAGAAACCUUCUUCUUGGUGAACAUGAUGUCCCUUUAACAUGUAUUGAGCAAAUAGUCACAGUAAAUGACCACAAAAGGAAGCAGAAAGUCCUGGGCCCAAACCAGAAGCUGAAAUUUAAUCCAACAGAGUUAAUUAUUUACUGUAAAGAUUUCAGAAUUGUGAGAUUUCGCUUUGAUGAAUCAGGUCCUGAAAGUGCCAAAAAGGUAUGCCUUGCAAUAGCUCAUUAUUCCCAGCCAACAGACCUCCAGCUACUCUUUGCAUUUGAAUAUGUUGGGAAAAAAUACCACAAUUCAGCCAGCAAAGCUAAUGGAGUACCCUCAGGAGGUGGAGGAGGCGGUGGCAUUGGAGCUGGGGGUGGCAGCAGCCAAAAAACUCCGCUGUUUGAAACUUACUCAGACUGGGACAGAGAAGUCAAGAGGACAGGUGCCUCCGGGUGGAGGGUUUGUUCCAUUAACGAGGGCUACAUGAUAUCCACCUGCCUUCCAGAGUACUUUGUAGUGCCAAGUUCUUUAGCAGACCAAGAUCUAAAGAUCUUCUCCCAUUCUUUUGUUGGAAGAAGGAUGCCAUUCUGGUGCUGGAGCCACUCGAACGGCAGUGCUCUUGUGCGCACGGCCCUCAUAAAAGACGUGCUGCAGCAGAGGAAGAUCGACCAGAGGAUUUGUAAUGCCAUAACUAAAAGUCAUCCACAGAGAAGUGAUGUCUACAAAUCAGAUUUGGAUAAGACCUUGCCCAAUAUCCAAGAAAUACAGGCGGCUUUUGUAAAACUUAAGCAACUGUGUGUUAAUGAACCAUUUGAAGAAACUGAAGAGAAAUGGCUGUCUUCACUGGAAAAUACACGGUGGUUAGAAUAUGUAAGGGCAUUCCUUAAACAUUCAGCAGAACUUGUGUAUAUGCUGGAAAGCAAGCGUCUGUCUGUAGUCUUACAAGAGGAGGAGGGAAGAGACUUGAGCUGUAUUGUAGCUUCUCUUGUUCAAGUGAUGCUGGAUCCCUAUUUUAGGACAAUCACUGGAUUUCAGAGUCUGAUACAGAAAGAGUGGGUCAUGGCAGGAUAUCCAUUCCUGGACAGAUGCAACCACUUAAAGAGAUCGGAGAAAGAGGCUCCCGUGUUCCUGCUGUUCCUGGACGCCACGUGGCAGCUGCAGGAGCAGUGCCCGGCGGCUUUCGAGUUCUCCGAGACCUACCUGGCGGUGCUGCACGACAGCACCCGUGUGGCCCUGUUCGGCACCUUCCUCUUCAACUCCCCGCACCAGCGCGUGCAGCAGAGCACGGAAUUUGCUAUAAGCAAAAAUAUCCAAUUGGGUGAUGAAAAGGGUUUAAAAUUCCCCUCAGUUUGGGACUGGUCUCUUCAGUUUACAGCAAAGGAUUGCACCCUUUUCCACAACCCCUUUUACAUUGGAAAGAGCACGCCUUGUGUACAAAACGGUUCUGUGAAGUCUUUUAAACGGACAAAGAAAAGCUACAGCUCCACACUAAGAGGAAUGCCAGCUUCCUUAAAGAAUGGAAUCAUCAGUGACCAAGAGUUACUUCCCAGGAGAAAUUCAUUAAUAUUAAAAGUAAAGCCAGACCCCCCCGAGCAGAGCGACAGCCAGGACAGGGGUGCGGAGCAGUACUUCCGAGAGUGGUUCUCCAAGCCGGCUGACCUGCACGGGGUGAUUCUGCCGCUUCUCUCUGGAAUGCACAUCAAACUGUGGAAACUCUGCUACUUCCGCUGGGUCCCCGAGGCCCAGAUCCAGCGCGGGGGCUUCAUCACGGCCUUCCACAAGGUCUCCCUGCUGGCGGACGAGGUGGACGUGCUGAGCAGGGCGCUGCGGCAGCCCCAGGGCAGCCCCCCGGAAGCCCCCUGCCCCGAGCUGGUCCAGAGCAGGCUGUACUUCCGCGCUGGUGGCCCGCACGACGCCCCGGGGACACCAGACUUCCUCUCCUCCUCGUUCCCCUUUUCCCCAGUGGGCAAUCUGUGCAGACGGAGCAUUUCAGGGACACCGCUAGGCAAGUUUUUAAGUGGGGCCAAAAUAUGGUUAUCUACUGAGACACUAGCAAAUGAAGACUGAGGCGGAGUGGCUUUCUGAACGUUCUGAGGGAGCGAGAGACCGUCUCUUCUGAAGUAAAACUGCUGGCCGAGGCGUUUGAAGCUCUAAUCGUUCUAUACGUAAGAAUAACAGUUGAAAUUUGCACUAAUACUUUAAAACAUGUUGAAUUAUGCUUCCUUCACAAUAUUUUUAAAAGAUAGGUAUAACUUUUGUUAUUUAUGUCCUCUUUCUAUCAUUCUAGGUCUGGCUCAUUUUUAGAUCAUUUGCAGGCAGACAUUCCCACGAUCUUAUUACUGUGAUCAAACUAAUCAGGUUUUGUCUGCGACAUUUAUCUUGUCUACAUCCAUUUUUCCAGCCACCUCCUAAAGGUUCCCUGAUCCUCAGUUGGAUUAGCAGCCCAGAGAAGCAGACAUCAGGAGAGUUAAGAAAUUAGUGUUUAGUAUAUUUUCACGAAGCAUCCAGUAAACCCCCAGUGUGCGUUAGUAGGUAUUUGUGUAUUUUUCUGGUCACUUUCUAUUAUCUCUAGUUGAGCUCACCUGAGAGUUGCGUGUUCUCACACUGUAAUUUAUUUUAGAUCACUUUGGGACCGUAGAUCACUGUGUUUUAAAAUCAUGAGUUUCCUUAGGACUAACUUUAAAAUGAUAUGCACUGCUGACUUUAAAAGCAUUUGCUAUAGAUAAUUAAUUAAAUUUAGAAGUGCCUUUGACAUUAAUAUUAAGAUAUGAAGAACACAGAGUAAAACAGAAUUUGUUUUUUAAAUUAGGGUGUCAAAGUCCCACUGCACAUUGGAAAGAGGCUGGUCACACUCAGCAUCAUACCGACAGCCAGGAGUCCCCAGAGGCACACAUCCCUCUGAAAGUCACCGAACACAGCGGGUCUGGAGCAGGGUCCGGGUCGGUGCGGCAGCAUCACUGACACCCACCCUCAAAGUAGAGGCCCCGUCAGAGUCCAGUGGGGAGCACUCCCGGGGGCACUUUCCCUUGGAAAUCAGUGAUGAGGUCUUGAGUCAGGUCACCUGAGUGCUUAGUGCUUAGGAAGGGAGGACAGGAGAGUAACAACGGACUUCUCUCAAAAUACUGCCACUGUAACAAAUGGUGAGAGCGCCCGCCCCACCCAACCUGUGACAGGUGUUCCGAGGCGCAGACAGAGGUGUGCUCUCGUCUCAAAUUCCCGUUUUCAGGUUGUGUCACAAGAGCCGAGUCAAAGCUAUGGGCCAGAGCUGGAGCUUACUGUGGCCAUGCCGGUCACAGCCUCCCCGACACCCCUCACUUCUGUGUAAAAGAUGGAUGUCUUCAAUGUGGCUGUUAUUUAGUUUCUUAAACUGCCAUCUUAAGCUUUUUAAAAAACGUUUAUAGUAAAGUAUCUAGUUAGCUUAUGUCCUUUUCUAAAACAAGUUUUUUCAAAACAGUGUGUUUUACCUUUAUAUGUAACAAAUAGAUGUUUCUAUUUGAAUUAUUUGCCUUUUAAAAAUGGUUGGAUAAUGUCUCUGGACUUACAGGGACAGAAGUUCCUAUGCAGUCUUAGCAAAUCCAUCGUGUGGAUAAACCCAGUGUUUUGCCAACUUGUCUAGAAAGUAAGGGCUUUCUUAGUUUAUAUAAAUAGCACUGUUGCCAUUAAACGUUUUAAGUCCUUGAUUGGAAACCAGCUCCGGUCCCCUGAAAACCCCACAGCAUAUCCUGCCACUGGAAGUGUAAUAAUUCUUCUUCCUUUUUCAUUAGGCUGCUUUUUUUAUUAUUACAAAUCGUUCUGAAUUUGUUACUGUUUUUUUGGAUUGAGCAUUUACUUUAUAGCUUUUUUCUUCCCUCUCACAUUUAUUUCAACCCUUUUAGUAAUUUUUUUUUGGUUAACUUGCAAGUUUAAAAAUGAUUAGGUACUAUUAAUACUGUUUUAAAAUAGAAAAUUUGCAUAUUUUUGUACGAUAAUCAAAUGUAGUAAAAUAUAGUUUAUUUUCGCUGAACAGUUGUUAUAUAAUGAUUAUUGUGCCACAGUUUAUCGUGCAUAAUAUGAAAAACAACUACUACAGCCUUGAGUCCUGGCCCCUGCAGAGCUGCCUGGCACGCUGCUGGCAUGGAGGACGUGUGGGGACAGAGUCCGAAUGUGGUUCUGGACGCGGACACGGAGCCUGUGCUGACAGAGGGCCACACAGGCGUCAGGCAGCUCCGGACUCGCUAGGAUCGGACUUAAAGGUGUACCAUGUCUUACUGUUGUUUUGUGAUGGAAACCAAUUUUAAAACCAAAAAUUUCUAACUUUAUUUAAGAAAGUAUAUUAAUCUGUGCUAACAGAGGGUGAAAACUAUUCAACGUGUCCUUCAACAAAAUCUGCUUGCUGUAGUAGUAACCUCAAGCAGUUAAAACUUGAUUUUGAGAGAAAAUGAAAACCUUUGUGCCUAAAAUUGACUGUGACUUGGGUUAAAGUAGGAUGUGCAGGAAGGUGAGAGACCCUGCUUUUCAGCAGUCGUGAAUGUGAAGGAAGUGUUGACUGCUAAUAAAAU